UGCUGGGCGCGCGGUGCAUGCUGGGAGUUGCUGCUGCUGCCUCUUGCAUAUAAUAAAGCUUCCCCUGCACCCUGUUUCUGCCUCUGCUGUCACCCACCCUGCAGGGGGCGCAGAUCUGCUCGAGAUCCGGUUUCCAUGGUGAUAAAUCCUUGCUAUGGAUGACUCUCGGGGAAGAUGGCGUCCUGUGUGCUCCCUUUUUGGGGUCGUCUUGCUUUUUCUGGUGGUCGCUGACCCCGGCAGUGCCAAGCAGGAGCCGUGCCAAACCUGCCGCAACCUGGUCUCCAAUAUCCAUAAGGGCAUGGAGAAAACAGCCGGGCAGAACUUCGGAGGCGGAAACACGGCAUGGGAAGAGGAGAAACUGGCAAAAUACGAAUUCAGCGAGACGCGGCUUCUGGAGGUCAUCGAAUCUGCUUGCGAUAAGUCUGACUUCGAAUGCAACCGGCUGCUGGAAAACGGCGAGGAACACCUGGAGAAGUGGUGGUCUAAAAGAUCAAAGCAUGACCUUGACCUCUUUCAGUGGCUUUGCAUGGACACAUUGAUGCUGUGCUGCCCAGAAGGCACCUAUGGCCCCGAGUGUUCGCCCUGUCCCGGAGGGCCAGAGACACUCUGUGGUGGAAACGGAAAGUGCGUGGGUGACGGCACCAGAUCCGGCACAGGGACCUGCGACUGCUUCCCAGGUUAUGGUGGCCCCACCUGCACAAAUUGCGCCAUUGGGUAUUUCGAGAAGGAGAGGAAUGAGAGCCACCUGGUAUGUUCUGAGUGCCACAAGGCUUGCAGCAAGUGUGUCGGACCCGAGAGCGAUGAGUGCGUGCUCUGCAGAAAGGGCUGGCUUCUCCACGACAAUAAGUGUAUCGAUAUUGACGAGUGCGGCACUGAAUUAGAUCGCUGUAAGUCGAAUCAGUUCUGCGUGAACACCGACGGAUCCUAUGAAUGCAGAGAUUGCGACAAGUCUUGCAUUGGCUGCAUGGGAGCCGGACCUGCGCGCUGCAAGAAAUGCAACAAAGGGUAUAACAGGGACGGAGCCAAGUGUCUGGAUGUGGAUGAGUGCGAUACGGAGCUGCCAAAGUGCAAGGGUGCCAACGAGGCGUGCAUUAACUCUCCCGGCAGCUACAGCUGUGUGUGUCAGAAGGGGUUCACCAGGCUUGAUGGCAUCUGCAGAAGGAACCCAUCUGACGAUGACGGUGAGAAGGGCCUGUUUGAGGACAUCACGGAUGAUGAGAUUGUGGUUCUCCAGCAGAUGUUCUUUGGAGUCGUCAUCUGUGCUUUGGCUACACUAGCGGCAAAAGGAGACAUGGUCUUCACCGCAAUAUUUAUUGGAGCUGUGGCCGCCAUGGCUGGCUAUUGGUUUUCGGAGAAAAGCGAUAGGGUCCUUGAUGGCUUCAUGAAAGGGAGAUAGCUCUGCGUGUAUCUGGAUUCAAACCUUACAGAAGAAAAUACUUGGAUUGUUUCGGAAACACCCCAGUGGGAGAUGACUGUCCUCGCUUUAGACUUCAGCCAAAGAUUUUAUUAUUCCGUACUUUGAUACUGGCUCAUGAAGUGGUCUCCAAACGAGUCCAAAUUCACAACACAGAUGCGGUUCUGCCUUUUGCAAGGUCUAUAGGUUACGAAGA